CGUAGUGUAUAUUCAGUGCGUGUUGUGACUUGUUAAAGUGUGUUGGGAUUGUUUCCCAUGCGUACUUUUCUCAAUUAAAAUGUGAUUAGUGUUUUGACAAAUAAAGAUAAUACGUGACAAUGGUGAGAGAUACGUCAGGGCGCACACCGCGUAUUCAGGUGUUUCGGCCUACUUACGAGGAGUUUAAGAAUUUUCCGAAAUAUGUGGAAUACAUGGAAAGUAAAGGAGCCCACAAAGCUGGUCUUGCAAAAGUCAUACCACCACCAGAAUGGGUUCCACGAAAAAGUGGCUACAACGUCGAGAGCAUGGACCUCACAAUACCUGCUCCAAUAUGUCAAGUUGUCACUGGUAAACAAGGACUUUAUCAACAAAUAAAUAUACAAAAGAAGUCCAUGACGAUUCAGGAGUAUGAAAAGCUUGCCAAUUCUGAACGUUACGCCACUCCUAAACAUUUCGAUUAUGAAGAUUUGGAGCGAAAGUAUUGGAAGAACAUCACAUAUGUUGCACCUAUUUAUGGAGCUGAUGUCUCAGGCUCUCUCACUGAUCCUGAUGUUAAAGAGUGGAACAUUAAUCGUCUGGGGACUAUUCUCGACUACGUGAAUAAAGAUUAUGGGAUUUCCAUCGAUGGUGUUAACACUGCGUAUCUGUACUUUGGCAUGUGGAAAACGACAUUUGCCUGGCACACUGAAGAUAUGGAUUUAUACUCGAUAAAUUAUCUGCAUUUUGGAGCACCUAAAACUUGGUAUGCCAUUCCUCCUGAGCAUGGCCGUAGAAUGGAGAGAUUGGCCAAUGGAUUUUUUCCUGGGAGUUAUCAAAACUGUCAGGCUUUUUUGAGACACAAAAUGUCUCUUAUUUCACCACAGAUAUUGCGUCAAUAUUCGAUACCAUGCAAUAAGAUUACACAAGAGGCUGGAGAAAUUAUGAUAACGUUUCCAUACGGUUAUCAUGCUGGAUUUAAUCAUGGUUUCAAUUGUGCUGAGUCUACGAAUUUUGCUGCUCCACGCUGGGUGGAAUAUGGCAAGAGAGCAACUCAGUGUACCUGCAGUAAAGAUAUGGUGAAAAUAUCGAUGGACACAUUUGUUAAACGAUUUCAGCCUGAGAGAUAUGAUUUGUGGUUGCGAGGAGAGGACGUUGGGCCGCAUCCUGAGGACCCCAGGCAGACAGCAGCCCCUAUGCCAUCUCAAAUGGACCUUAUGUGCAGCAAUAGCAAUGGUGAACUUCCCCAGAGUUAUUUAAAUGCUCCAAAAAAUAAGAGGCACACGAUUCACAAGAAAAAAUCAAUGUCCGGUGUCACUUCCGACAUGAACAUCGAUGAGUUCGUUGAUCGUGCUGACAUCCCCCCUGAAGUAAAAAAGGCAAUUCAAGAUCUGGAUCUGGAGGAGGACCAGCCUGAUGAGCAGCAGCUGGAGGUCCUGGAGGACAUUUGGCUGAAGGCUGGGGAACUCGAGGUGGAGGAUGCACAUAUUUAUGACGACGGUUACAGCCGCAAGAAGAAUCGUAAGAGGAAGAAAAAAGUUAAUUCAACCGACAAGGAGCCCAGACGGAUAAAGACAAAAAAACCUAUGAAAUCAAAUUCGAUAUCCGAGAUUUCCAGCUCAACAGGUUCAUCCAAUUCAGGUACAAAACAAAAUUACUUGAAUAUAAUUGGUAACUCAGUGCCAUGUCUUGUUUUACCUAAAAUGACAAAUUUGGAUAAUUUGACUGGAAUUUUAGAGAGCGAGGCCAUUAAAAGAAAUAAUGCUGUACUGAAGGGAGAGGAGACAUCCGUUUCUGAAUUAUCUGAGGCAUCUAAGAAGAAGAAAAAACACUGUAAACAUGCAGAACGGAAGAAACAUAAAAAACUUCAUGAACAUAAGAAGAAAUUGAAAAAUCUACCAGCAGUUAAUAUGUUCAAUUCAUCUCUGCCUCUGGAUGUAUCAGACGUCGAUGUUCAAAGGAAAUUAAUGGCAAUGCCUAGUCUCUCGUCUCAAAAAACAUUGAGUAAAAAAGAUACCACAAAUACUAACUUCUUAUCUAGCAGUAUUAUGUCUCAAAGCAGUGAAAUUUAUUCAAAUAGUACUUCAGAAAAAUCAUUAGUCAAUAAUGAACAAUUAAACACAUGUGACACUCAAACGAAUACUACAAAUUCAACAUCACAACUUAAUUCAGUAAUAUUCUUGAAACAAGGAACCUCAACAGAAACCGUUGACUCAGGCACAUCACUACUGAUGUCAUCAACAACAUCAGACUCUUCUACUGAAACAAAACCAUUCACAUUCACAACAUCCUUAGUUGGCAGACCAAUGAUGAGUUAUAAAAAUGAUAUUAUAAAAGCUCCUAGGCUAAGUGUUUUGCAAAAACCAGGGGGUAUAAAAAAAGAGAUUAGUUCGUCUGAAUCACACGUCAAGGAGGAUAGGGAGACCCUGAGUGCAGCUGACAGUCUUCUGGUCCUCAAACAAACGCCUUCAAGAUUGCAACCUGACACCAAGACAGGUGUCUCUCCAAGUACAAACAUGAUGUUCCUGCAGAAGCCAAUAUUCCCUCAAGGUGUAUCACGAGACUCCCAGAUGUCCAAUGAGUGGUACGACCAGAUCGAGAAAUUCAAAAUGGUACAUACAUCAAUUAUUCCAGAAACAUCCCAGCCUCUUGUCAGUAUUCUCCAAAGCCCAUCAUCAAAGCCAGCAUUUACUUUUACUCUCAGUACAGCCAGUGUAAAUUCUGACGCGUUGAAUGAUGAAGGGAAGAAUUUCCCUGAAGGGAAUAAACUCAUGCAGAAAAGUUUUUGGCAAAUGCCCAACAAUAACAAUGCACAUUAUCAUUCUACUGAGCCUCCUGCAGAGAUAAAACCCCUUUUGACAUCGACGAUUGCAAGUACAGGCAACGUACACCUUGUUAGCCCACAGAAUGAAAAAAUCGGGGCACCCAAACCAUUCCCAAUUGGACAAAAGUUGUUCGCCCCGGUGAGUCUUGGAACAUCAGUUCUCAAAUUCCCUCGGAAUAUUAACGAAGGAGAAAUUGUCAUACCACAACCCCAGUAUCAUACAAAUUUUCCAAUACAAACUCCAUCAAAACCAACGAAGAGGACUCCAAGGAAGAAAAUACCAACAAAAUUGUCACGCGCUAUUCAAAAUCCAGAGGAGGAUUAUAGGGGAGUAGUUGAGCCUAAAAUGUGUUCUAUUGCCACUCAAGUGGAUAAUUUGACCGCUCUGGAAGAUGAAAUAACAUUUGCAAUACUUCCCGCAAACAACGAACCUCCAGAAAUCAUAUGGAAACAAGAUUUAACGCCUACACAGCCUUUGAUUCCUGUAACAUUACCAAACGAUAACACUGAGGAAACAAUCAAAUCUCCAUCACAAACCUGCAGCCCUCCAGGUAAAUGUCCAACUUUAUCUCCUCCAGAAACAACGCAGGGCAGUAAUACCAGAGGAAAGAAGCCACCAGCAUCGAAAAGAAAGCCAAAGGACAAACCGACUAAACUGAUUUUAACCAACAGUCAAGAGGAGAUGGACUUGCCACCGCCGGUGCUCAGCAUCGAACAAAAUUACCCUAUGGUGAAGCAGGAGCCAAUGAAAACACCACCACCAACAACAGUUUAUCCUGGUCAAAUAUUACCUGGACAUAUUUCAACGAUGUUAUAUCCAAAUAUCCCAGAUUUGGAGACUCAACAGAGUUUCAAUGACUACUGGAGUGCCCAAGCAUCUCACUGUGCAAUAUGCACCGCCUUUGCUGCAACAACUGAUAAAAAUUAUCGUCAGAUGCCUCCAGACUGGAAAUACUGCAAGCCAACAGUGCUACCAGAGAAUUCACCAAUUUGGGUGUCAUCUUCAUUAUUUGCUGCUAAUUCUAAGGAGCAGAGUGUAGAGCCCGAAAAUGAUAAAUUAUUGAGAUGUCGUGAGUGUCACGUUACUGUUCAUGCCUCCUGCUAUGGGAUAACAGUAUUACCCACAGAUUUACCAAAUUGGGCAUGUGAUAAGUGUAAAGCUGGAAUGAUACAAGUCAUGUGUUGCCUAUGUCCAAUGAGAGGAGGAGCUGUCAAGAGAACGAGUGACAGUCGAUGGGCGCAUAUUCUCUGUGCUCUAUUGAUACCGGGAGUGACCUUUAAGGAUCCUGUCAAUAAAGAUCCCAUCAAUGUACUAACGAUAAAAGCCGAUCUUGUGAGACAGAGAUGUUCAUGUUGUGACCAGAGGGAUGGAGUUUGUCUGGGUUGUCACGUUUGUGGAGCUCUGUUUCAUCCCUCUUGCGGCCUUGUUACAGGUGCGACCUUCAUUAUACCUGCGUACAACUCUCAGGAACUUCAGGUUACCUGUUAUGGUCAUGCCAAUCGAAAGGAGAAUAGCCCAUUAGUUAGAAAUGGGGAAAUUGUGUGGGCAAAACACAGAAACAAACGAUAUUAUAAAGCUACGGUGCAAUCAAUAGAUACACAUCUAUUCUACAUGGUCACCUUUGAUGACUCUAGCUUCAGCGAUGACCUCUAUCCUAGAGAUAUCACAAACUAUCAAGCUGGAAGUAUACCCACUGUAGGAGCAGCCGUAAAAGUUAAGUGGACGGAUGGUCAGAUUUAUGAUGGCAUUUUCGAAGGCACAAAUCCUCGCUACAUGUACACUGUGUUGUUUGAAGAUGCAUCACAGUUGGUUGUAAAACGCGAUCAAAUUUAUAGUCUACAGGAGGAUAUGCCAAGAAGAGUGCUCUCGCGUCUGUCUACUGCAACUGAAAUGAAGCAUCGAUAUCAUCUUUAUGGCACUGACAGUGAGUUUGAGAAUCAACGCAAGGAGAAACAGUCGGUGAAAAAGUUUAAAUAUUAACCAAACGACUGAAUUAAGUGAGAUAAUGAAAUGUAUUUAGAUUUUUUUGUAAAUAUAUGUAAUUCAUUAUUUUUUCGUUUCACAGAAAAUUCGAUUUAUCUUUAUGUAAAUGGUGAUGAUUCAUUUAAGGAUGUAUUAUCUAAAUGAGAGGCAGAUACUAUUGGUCUUUGACUGAAUUUUACAAUUGACUAAACUUUUAUCAUUGCAAAAGAACAGGAAUUUGUCGUUGAAUCAAUGUGACGUUGGUGUGCAAGUCUUUUAUACGUUUGAUCAUUCACAAUAAUUGAAUUAUCAAAUAAGUCCACGGAAGCUUCAGUUUUCGAUUUUUAUACGUUGCACAAUCUAUCGGCUGAAAACUGUUGUCUGCAGAUUAGCAGGAUAAGAAUUGAAAAGAAGCGAGUGAAAAGAUAGAGAUAAUCUAUGAUUUAUAAAUCAACUACUACAUGUAUUAUAAACAUUAUCGUGUGAAUAUUGUAAUUAGUCCUGGAACUUUAAGAAUCUGACUUAAAUGGGAAACAGAGUGUACCCUCAUUAUCUGAAAAUAAAACCUCGAGUAUUCGAGUGUAGUUUGUUUAAUAAUUGAUAAAAAUACAGUUGAUAUUAUAGAGAUACUUGUAAAAAAUCAUAUGUAAGAAAAGAGUAAAAUGAUACAACUGGACAUAGAGUGGUCCACAGAGUAAUUGUGCAAAUUGAUCCAUGAAUUGAACAAUUGUUCAGUGAACAUUUCAAAUAAGGUGAUUAAAAUUUUAAUUGAUAAAUGCUUAUUGCAAUAAAGUAGACAUGCUAAUUGUUGUAUGUAACAAUAAAGAAAGAUUUAUGAACGAUUAAACAAGGAUAAAAUCAUGAAAUGUACAAUAUGUGGUAUGACAAAAUACAUUUAUUCACUUGUAAGUACAUA